AUAGUAAUGAAUCAGACGAAUUAAAAAAGAUCAAAGUCAAGAACCUAGCAGUGACAAAUGAUAAAACUAUUGAAAAUAAUCUUGAUGAUGGUGCUAAAAAGAAGAAGAAUAAAGAAAUGGCUCAUGACAAAG